AUGGAACUCUUUGUGAAUGUCAUACAAGAAGAAGUGGCUGAGACAGGAGAUAUAUGGAUGCCAAGAAAAGAAAUUCCUGUAAUAGAAGUUGAGCAUGUAGCUAAGAGACAGAUAAAUGAAGAAGUAAGAAAAAUGAUGGGUGAAUUAUUUACCAACCUUGAGGAAGAAUUAGAGGGAUUUAUUUUCUAUGCUGAUAAAUUGGAUGGAUUUUACUCCAUGUACAUGCUAGAAAGAAUGAGUCAACAUGUAAACAAUGCACAAGAUGCUGGUUCAUUCAUUAGUGUUACAUUUGCAAGCUGUUUGGUGAAAAUUGAGAGAAACUUUGAUAAUUUUUUUGUAUAUUUUGAAGGAGUAGAAAGUAAAAUAGCCUCAGGUGUUAAACCUAAAGAAGUUGGAUACCAGCUAGCAUUCAGUCAAAAAGGAACUGAGAAAAGUUAUCAAGGAAUAUUCUGGGAAAGAGAAGAAAAGUCAAAUAAUGCUGUUACUUUAAUGAUGAUUCAGGCAAACCUAUGA